CAACUCUCGUUGAUCCAAUCAACCCCUCGUUGAUCAUAACCUCUAAUCAUCAACGCUCGUUGAUCCAGUUAUCAACUCUCGUUGAUUUAAAAGAGAAGGAACCUUGAUUUUAGUUAGUGUUAUCUAUCUCCAUAGAUUUUAACACUUGUACAGGUUUUUUGUUUGAGCUUUCAAACUGAAAAGAAACAGAUGUACCAAAAACACAGAGAGGGGAUUUUGUACAUGACUUUUGCCAUGACAGGUGCGCUUGCUUGGCAGGUCACAAACCCUUUAAUAAAAAGAUACAGUUUUUGGUUUCGUGGAGGGAUGAGGGAAGGUACGGGGUUGGUUAAUAAACUUUCUUUGCCCGGCUCUCUCUCCCUCCUGAAUGUGUGUCUACUGUCUUGUUUCAUAUGCUUCUUGCAUACUACACAGACCACAAUUAUUGAGGCAUCACUUGUGCUCUUUAAUAUGCUUCUUGCAUGUGCUAUGAUCGAAGAACAUUGAGUUUCUAAUGACCAAGGUAUUGAUUAUGUUUUCUUAUCCUGUUGAGAUGUUUAAUCUGUUUGCUCAUAUUUUUUCAGAAACAGAGUGAGCAGGGUACGUUAUAGUCUCAUUCAAAGUAGGACAAUGGAAUAUAGUCUAACCUGAAGAAUUGUUAGGAGGUUGGUCCCUGUGGAAUUGCGCACGGAUUGUUGGGGAUCAAUCAGCUCAAAUGUGGAAGGAAUGGAAGAGAAAGAGAUAAACAGUAACGUCGGUGAGAGUGGGAGAUAAAGAAACUUUUUGUAUCUUGUGGAUGAUGAGUGAGUCUGACACUCAAUAAUCAAUCAGUACAACGUGUGUAGUCAUGGGUAAGAGUAAUAAGAAUUAUAAUUGCU